CACUUGCAGGAGAAGUCAGUUACUAUCUGGACUAGCAGUGGGACAGGACAGAACCGUGAGCUGCACCUGUCCCAUACAUACACACUCAGGGGAGAGAUCACACACAGUCUCUAUGUGUGGCUGGGACCAGAACCUCCUGGCUGCCUCUCAUCACAGCUCGGCAAUGUUGACUACUGAGGGAGCACCCUACACCGGUGACAAUGAAGAGCUCAAGAUGGAUGUAGAGGAUGUAGACAUGACAAAAUGGACGGAGACAGAGUUUGAGGAGAAAUGCACCUACACAGUGAAGGACCACAUCUGGGAAGGUCCACUGGAGUCUGCAGACCUCACCCGUGCUGAGGCGUCCUUACCUCGAAACUUAGCCUUCAAACACCCAAGAGACUCCAAAGAGGUUAUUGGUGUAGUAAGUCGAGAAUACAUCCCCAAAGGCACCCGCUUUGGCCCCCUAGUGGGAGAAAGUUACACUGCAGAAAACGUCCCCAAAGAUGCUAACAGAAAGUACUUCUGGCGGAUAUACUCGAACGGAAAGUUCCAUCAUUUUGUGGAUGGUCUAGACGAGGAGAAGAGUAACUGGAUGCGUUAUGUGAACCCAGCUCAUUCCCAGCAGGAACAGAACCUCGCUGCUUGUCAAAAUGGCAUGAACAUUUUUUUCUACACGGUGAAGGCUAUCCCUGCAGACCAAGAGCUUCUGGUGUGGUACUGCCCUGAGUUUGCCCACCGUCUGAACUACCCAGCCUCUGGAGAGCUUAUGAUGCAAAAACUCACAGAGCAGAGUCUGAUUGAAGUCACUCAGCAAACUGAUGUCAAGAACCCAGUGAAAAGGGAACACAGUGUUUCAGAGAUUUUGAAGGACGUACUGCAAGAACCUAGCAGACCACUCUCCACCCGUCCCCACUGCCUCAACAGCCCAGACCGACCUCUUUACUCCAGAGCUCUCUACCCACUCCGUCCCUCCCUGAAUGAAGAGUUCUUAAAGAGCAGCACAGCAUUUGUGCCAGCCCAUUCUCACAGACAGUAUUCGGUUACACCAAGCCCUUCAGCACACAGCAGUCCUAUGAGCAGUCCAGAAGGCAGUCCCACACCAGCAUCCCUUGAGCCAAGGGACACCCUGCUGUCCUUUUCUCCAGCACUCUACAGUUGCGGCCUGGGCCACUACCCAGGGUACACACCAGCAGGCCCAAUGUCUUUCUAUCCUAACCCACACUAUUCACGCUACCUCAUGCCCCACUAUCCAGUUAGCGGUUUGAGUGGGCCACCUAUAUUCCCACACAUGUACCCCUUUUACAGUGGCUUGGUACCUCCUCAUGUGCCCUUUCCAUCUGCAAUGCUUCCAUCUGAAGGAGGAGGGCAAUCAAACAUCCUGCGCCCAGCUGCCACCAGUGCCUUUUCUGCAGCCAUUUCUUUGAAAGACAAACCGCUCCAUGUACAUAGACAUCCCUACGCUCCCACUGGUGGCUCCCCAACAGCUGGUUCUGCAGCCUCUACAGGUCAUCUGCCUACUAAGCCUACCUCAGCUCUUUUGGCUACCAGCCGCUCAGAGGACGAGGCCAUCAACCUCAGCAAGCUGAAACGAGGCUCUGCAGGCUACAAAAGUCUAGAUUACCCAUUAAAGAAGCAAAAUGGGAAGAUCAAAUAUGAGUGCAAUGUCUGCAGCAAGACUUUUGGUCAACUGUCUAAUCUGAAGGUGCACCUGCGUGUCCAUAGUGGCGAACGACCAUUUAAGUGUCAGACCUGUAAUAAAGGUUUCACGCAACUGGCCCACCUGCAGAAACACUACUUGGUACACACUGGAGAGAAGCCACAUGAAUGCCAAGUGUGUCACAAACGCUUCAGCAGCACAAGCAACCUAAAAACCCACUUGCGACUGCACUCUGGUGAAAAGCCCUACCAGUGCAAGAUCUGCCCAGCCAAGUUUACACAGUAUGUUCACCUUAAACUGCACAAACGUCUGCACACACGAGAACGUCCACACCAGUGUCCACACUGUCACCGAAACUACAUCCACCUUAGCAGCCUGCGGCUCCACCUUAAAGGCUACUGCUUGGCGGCCACCCCUUCACCCAGCUGCAACUUGGAUGAGCUCAACCGCGUCAAUGAGGAGAUCGAACGCUUUGACAUUAGUGAUAAUGCCGACAGGCUGGAGGAAAUGGAAGGAUUUGACAUUGAGAGUAUGGUGGAGAAGCAGAUCUUUGGGAUGCUCUGGCAUGAAAUGGAUUUUAAUGCCUCUUACCACAAAGGUACCACUGUAGGAGACCUUCAUCCCCCAACACCUCCGUAUUGUCUAAAUGAGCCUGGCUGUGAGGCCUCAGUCAUCAAGGUUCAUUGCAGCAGCCCUCUCCCGCUCCUCCCUAUCACGGUUAAAAAGGAGUCCGAGGAGGUCAUGGAAGACUAGUCUUGCUUACCUUUGGCUGCCUGCCUAGUUCUGUAAGCUAGGUUGUGGACAGCUACAAGUGUACAUAAUUCUUCUCACAGGAAACAGGCUUUGGCCUUUAUGUUCAGGGACUUGAAGUACUCAGGGCUAACAGACAUUGAUCAAGUCUAUCAGUGGUCUCGUAUGUCCUUCACAAAAGACAAUCACAUUACCGUUUAAUUAAUAUUAUUUGCUUUUCGUGGUGUUUAUUUCGGUUUGUUUCUUAAUCUAUUUAAUUUAUGUUAUUGUAUUGAAAUUAUGUUUACGAUGACUGGUUAAUUCAUUUUUAUUUACUGUUUUAUGUUUAUGUUUCCUACAUAUUUCCUAAUAUUAUGUCAUUCUUUUGUGAAUAUUUUCUAACUAGUAAAUAGUGAUGACUGUGAUUUUAUGUCUGCUUAAAGAUGAGCACAUUCAGGUUUAUUUUUAUUGUGGGGGGAGGUUUAAACAUAGACCUUUUUGUUGAAGGCUUUUUUUACUCUAGGAGAGGUCAAUGGUAUCUAUGUUUUGUGUAACAUUUUUUCUCUUUACGUUGAGCUAUACACAAUUGAAUAAUUUAAAAAAGGGCAUAUUAUAUAUUACCAACAACUGUUACCUCAGACUGUGGGAAUGUAAGUGUGUGUGUUUGUGUGUGUGUACGCGUGUGUGGUGUCCUUGUAUGUUAAGAGAGAUGUCAAUGUUCGUUUUUGCUACUUGAAGAGGAAAGUAAUCCUAAAUGUCCCAAAUGUGCAGGUGUACAUGUGGACCAAAGAGUAGCAGUCUUGCCUGUCACACACUGGCUGUGAACCAGAGACUGACUUUGCAUUUUUUUUAAGUGUGUAGCACAUUACUGAUACCAAAAUUAAGAUAUGUGUAGCUGGUUACCAAAGUUUUUUUUUAUUGUUUUCAGAAUGUUUAAAUUACAGAUAAAGAUGUGUGCAUAUUCAGUGUAAGCUGUUGCUGCCCUCUUUUCUGCAGGUUUUUGAUGAUGUUUGUGGAUACUACGACAUCACCCCGGCCUUUGUAUGCACUGGUUUUAUUUUCUUUUGUCUUAUGUUUGUAGUGUAUUUAAGAUUUUGUCCAGCAAAAUUAGUAGGACAGUAACAUCAGCAACAUGUGCUGUGAUGUAGUAGCAUCUCAUGCACUUUUUGUCUUAAAGUAUGACCAAAGUCUACAGUAGCCCUCAUCUUCAGCUUUAAAUUAAAGAAAAACAUGUUGUUUACAUAUUGGUUUACAUAGUUACAGUACCGCUUGACAAAAUGUAAAUUAUAAUAUAAAUCUUCACUGAUCAAA